GCUUGGUUCUCUCAUCCUGCGGGGCCUUCGCUUUGGUACACUGACCCCAUGCCCUACCGGACUCUCCCCAGGGGGCGCCUCAAUGCAGAACGCCAUGCUGCUGGAGCCAGACAAAGCCGAGGGCUGGAGGAUUCCCUUUAACAGCCAUGAGGGUGGCUGCGGGGCUGCCGUGCGGGCCAUGUGCAUCGGUCUCCGGUUCCCUCACCACAGCCAGCUGGACACCCUGAUCCAGGCGAGCGUCGAGAGUGGCCGGAUGACCCACCACCAUCCCACAGGCUUCCUGGGAGCCCUUGUGUCUGCUCUUUUUACAGCCUAUGCUGUGAACGGCAAGCCUCCCCAGCAGUGGGGAAAAGGACUGAUGGAGGUGCUACCGGAAGCUAAAAAGUACAUUGUCCAAUCAGGCUACUUCGUGGAGCAGAAUCUUCAACACUGGGGUCGGCUUCACCGCAGCUCUGAGACUUCCAGCUCGACGAUGGCCCCAGACCCCUGGGAGGGCUGCUUCUGGUCAUGGGGGCUCCUUCUGUGGCUCAGUGUUGGAAGUACAGGAGAUGCACCUCCUACCCCACAGACAAAGUGCACUGACUUCCAGAAUGCUAAUCUUCUCCAAGGCACCAAUCUCAAAGCCCAGUUCCUCCUCUUCACCCCUUCUGAUCCUCGCUGUGGGCAGCUCGUGGAAGAAAGUAGUGACAUCCGGAACUCGGGGUUCAAUGCCACUCUGGGAACCAAGCUAGUUAUCCAUGGAUUCAGGGCUUUAGGAACAAAGCCUUCCUGGAUUGAUAAAUUCAUCGGUGCCCUUCUGCAGGCAACAGAUGCUAACGUGAUCGCUGUGGACUGGGUUUAUGGCUCUACAGGUGUCUACUUCUCAGCCGUGGAAAAUGUGGUUAAGCUGGGACUCGAGAUCUCCCGUUUCCUCAGUAAACUCCUGGCGCUGGGUGUGUCAGAGUCCUCAAUCCACAUCAUUGGUGUCAGCCUGGGGGCCCACGUGGGGGGCAUGGUAGGACAUUUCUACAAAGGCCAGCUGGGACGGAUCACAGGCCUGGACCCUGCUGGACCGGAGUACACAAGAGCCAGCCUGGAGGAGCGCCUGGACCCUGGGGACGCCCUCUUUGUGGAAGCCAUCCACACAGACACGGACAAUUUGGGUAUUCGGAUUCCUGUUGGACAUGUGGACUACUACGUCAACGGAGGCCAAGACCAACCCGGCUGUCCCACCUCCAUUUAUGCAGGCUACAGUUAUCUGAUCUGUGAUCACAUGAGGGCUGUGCACCUCUACAUCAGCGCCCUGGAGAAUUCCUGUCCAUUGAUGGCCUUUCCUUGUACCAGCUACAAGGUCUUCCUUGCUGGACACUGUCUGGAUUGUUUCAACCCUUUUCUGCUUUCCUGUCCAAGGAUCGGGCUGGUGGAACAAGGUGGUGUUAAGAUAGAGCCACUUCCCAAGGAAGUGAAGGUCUACCUCCUGACCACUUCCACGGCUCCAUAUUGUGUGCAUCACAGCCUCGUGGAGUUUUACUUGCAGGAGCUAAGAAACCAGGACACCUGCAUCACGGUCACCUUCCUUAGCAGCAGUGUCACCUCCUCGGUCAAGAUCACCAUACCUAGACAGCAACGCCACGGGAAAGGAAUCAUAGCUCACCCCAGCCCUCAGUGCCAGAUAAACCAGGUGAAAUUCAAGUUUCAGCCUCCCCACCGAGUUUGGAAAAAAGAACGGACUAUCAUUAUCGGGAAGUUCUGCACUGCUCCUUUGCCCGUCAAUGACAAUAAAAAGACGGUCUGCUUACCUGAGCCAGUGAACUUACAAGCAAGUGAGACUGUUUCUCGUGACCUGAAAAUAACCUGUAUAUAGUUAAUAUAAGGGCAGGAUACAUCUCCCUGGAUUGGGGGUGGCAGUUCAACUUAUUCUAAGCCAUUACUGCUAAGAAAGAACGCAAAAGUCUUGGUUAUUUUCCCCAUAAUUAGCCACCUUAGAGAGGAGCGAGAGCUCAUUUUACAGAGCUUUAUCUCCAUUGUGAAGUUAAAGAAGCUUACAAAGAUACCAUUUCAACUUUCCUAUUCAUACUUAACUGCAAUUGCCCCAUAUCCUUGGACAUCUGUACCUAGGAUUCAACAGAAACAUAUACAGGAAAAAGGGCUCUUUUUUUUUUUUUUCAAAUAAAACUCCAUGGAAUAUCUGAA